GUUGAUGCAUUGUCAGCCGGGUGGACAUCUCCCAUUUUCGGAAAAUAGAAAAAAUUGUAAACAAAUAAACGAAAUAAACAAAAAUGACUUCCUUGGAAGACAAAAUUCUGGGUGAAAAGUCCCAAAAUUACUGCAGCAGUGACGAGGAGGAGGAAGCAAAUCCCAUCCAGGUUGUCCGUGAUGAGGAAGGAAGUGGGAAGGAUUUCUGUCCUCCAAGUGGCACGGGAAAUACUGGCCCCAAGGGAGUCAUCACAGACUGGAGGGAGUACAGGAAGAUGCUGGCUGAAGCCCGGACAGCCGAGGAGCAGGAACGUGUGAAACAACUGACGCAGGCAUCAAAGGUGGGCAAGACAAAGGCAGAAGAUGAGAAGGCACGGGCAGAUGCUGAAUUGGAGGCAGAAUUGGCUGAGCUGAUGAAUGAUGAGAGUAUCUUGGAGUUCCAACGACAGAGAAUCCUCGAGAUCACGGCCAAAGUGGGGACUAGGAAUGUCUUUGGGCACGUGAUUGAGCUGAAGAGCGGAGAUGACUUCCUGGAAGCUGUGGAGAAUGAGCAAUAUUCCACGGUCAUUGUUCACAUUUUCGAGAACACCGUUCCAGCCUGUCGGAGGCUCAACGAAUGCCUCGAGGAGCUGGCCAAGGAGAUGCCUACGAUCAAAUUCUGCCGGAUUCUCAGUUCAGACGCCAAAGUGAGCCUCAAAUUUCGCAGCACUGCCCUUCCCACGAUCUUGGCGUACAAAAAGAAUCAGAUUAUUGGGAAUUUUGUGCAACUUGGGAACGAGCUGGGAGAUGACUUCUGCUCCUCAGACAUUGAGAACUUCCUCAUUGAGCAGGGAGUCAUAGUGGAGAAGGAGAUUCAGUAUAAUUCUUUAUCUGUUAAAUAAAACAAAGAAAAGAUUCUCAAGGAA